CUGUGUUAUGUAACUCUUUCUAAUAAGCUUAAGAGGAAAAUGGACGGAUGAUUUUUGAUUCUCUUUGUUUAAAAGAUUGCUUGUUUUUUCCCUUUACAUGGAUGCCUUGCACUUUAUUUUCUUUAUGAGUUUCUAAGGGACUGCUGGUUUGGCUUUGUCUUCAUUGCAGUUCAGUAGUACCAUUUCUCAGUUAGCUGCUCUUUCUGACAGUAACUCCAAAGGUUGAAGAGAGUGAGAUAUGAGUUAUUUGGACUCUUCAACUGGCUCUGGAAGUAGAACUUCUAGGAGGACAGUCGAGUUUGGGAGGACAUAUGUUGUGAGGCCCAAAGGGAAACACCAAGCUACAAUAGUUUGGUUGCAUGGCCUUGGAGACAAUGGCUCCAGUUGGUCCCAACUUUUGGAAAGCCUACCCCUGCCUAAUAUCAAAUGGAUAUGCCCAACAGCCCCAACUCGUCCUGUAGCUAUACUCGGUGGAUUUCCUUGCACUGCAUGGUUUGACGUGGGAGAACUUUCUGAUGACGGUCCUGAUGAUUUUGAAGGCUUAGACGCUUCAGUUGCACAUAUUGCAAACCUAUUGUCAACUGAACCAGCAGAUGUUAAACUUGGCAUUGGAGGCUUCAGCAUGGGUGCUGCCACUGCACUCUACUCGGCAACUUGCUUCGCACAAGGAAAAUAUGGAAAUGGAAACGCUUACCCAGUCAACUUAAGGGCUAUCAUAGGUCUAAGCGGGUGGCUUCCCGGUUCAAGGAACGUCCGCAACAAGAUUGAAGGAUCACUAGAGGCUGCAAGACGUGCGUCGUCUUUGCCCAUUCUACUCUGUCAUGGAAUGUGUGAUGAGGUUGUUCCUUACAAAUAUGGAGAGAGGUCUACCCUUGUCUUGAACUCAGCUGGAUUCAGGAAUCUUGCAUUCAAAAAAUACGACGGGCUUGGUCAUUACACAGUGCCAAGAGAAAUGGAUGAGGUGUGUAAUUGGUUAAGUGCGAGGCUCGGGCUUGAGGGUUGCCGAUGAUUAACUCACUCAAGAGUUUCAUGAUAUAAGUAAAUCAGGAGUGAGGGCAAAUGCAUGAGGAAGCAAAUAAAUAUGGGGGGAGUAUACAAUUAACAGUUCUAUGUAGUUAAUUACUAUUAUGCCUUCUGGUGAAUUCUAGGACUUAGUCUACCAGUUUUGUCUUGAAAAAUAAAGAUUUGGAUGUGUUGCUCUUUUCAUCACUUGUAGACAUUUUGUUUUCUUCAAUUCCACUCAGAAUUUUGGUA